AUGAUGCUUGCGCGCGUCCCCCGCGCGCCGCGCUGCGGGCGGGGCGGGUCUCCGGGAUUCCAAGGGCUCAGUUACGGAAGAAGCGCAGCGCCGGCUGGGGAGGGGGCUGGAUGCGCGCGCACCCGGGGGGAGGCCGCUGCUGCCCGGAGCAGGAGGAGGGGGAGAGCGCGGCGGGCGGCAGCGGCGCUGGCGGCGACUCCGCCAUAGAGCAGGGGGGCCAGGGCUGCGCGCUCGCCCCGUCCCCGGUGAGCGGCGUGCGCAGGGAAGGCGCUCGGGGCGGCGGCCGUGGCCGGGGGCGCUGGAAGCAGGCGGGCCGGGGCGGCGGCAUCUGUGGCCGUGGCCGGGGCCGGGGCCGUGGCCGGGGACGGGGACGGGGCCGGGGCCGGGGCCGCGGCCGUCCCCCGAGUGGCGGCAGCGGCCUUGGCGGCGACGGCGGCGGCGGCUGCGGCGGCGGCGGUGGCGGCGGCGCCCCCCGGCGGGAGCCGGUCCCUUUCCCGUCGGGGAGCGCGGGGCCGGGGCCCAGGGGACCCCGGGCCACGGAGAGCGGGAAGAGGAUGGACUGCCCGGCCCUCCCCCCCGGAUGGAAGAAGGAGGAAGUGAUCCGAAAAUCUGGGCUCAGUGCCGGCAAGAGCGAUGUCUACUACUUCAGUCCAAGUGGUAAGAAGUUCAGAAGCAAACCUCAGUUGGCAAGGUACCUGGGAAAUACUGUUGACCUCAGCAGUUUUGACUUCAGAACUGGAAAGAUGAUGCCUAGUAAAUUACAGAAGAACAAACAGAGACUGCGGAAUGAUCCUCUCAAUCAAAAUAAGGGUAAACCAGACUUGAAUACAACAUUGCCAAUUAGACAAACAGCAUCAAUUUUCAAACAACCAGUAACCAAAGUCACAAAUCAUCCUAAUAAUAAAGUGAAAUCAGAUCCACAACGAAUGAAUGAACAGCCACGUCAGCUUUUCUGGGAGAAGAGGCUACAAGGACUUAGUGCAUCAGAUGUAACAGAACAAAUUAUAAAAACCAUGGAACUACCUAAAGGUCUUCAAGGAGUUGGUCCGGGUAGUAAUGAUGAGACCCUUCUGUCUGCUGUUGCCAGUGCUUUGCACACAAGCUCUGCACCCAUCACAGGGCAAGUCUCCGCUGCUGUGGAAAAGAACCCCGCUGUCUGGCUUAACACAUCUCAACCCCUCUGCAAGGCUUUCAUUGUCACAGAUGAAGACAUUAGGAAACAGGAAGAGCGCGUGCAGCAAGUGCGUAAGAAACUGGAAGAAGCCCUGAUGGCGGACAUCUUGUCCCGAGCCGCGGACACGGAGGAGAUGGACAUAGAGAUGGACAGUGGAGAUGAGGCCUAAGAUUAGCAUCAGGUAACUUUCGACUGACUUUCCCCAAGAGCAAAUUCCUAGAAUUGAACAAAAACGUUUCCACUGGGUUUGGCCUGUAAGAAAAAAUGUACCCGAGCACAUAGAGCUUUUUAAUAGCACUAACCAAUGCCUUUUUAGAUGUAUUUUUGAUGUAUAUAUCUAUUAUUCAAAAAUGAUGUUUAUUUUGAGUCCUAGGACUUAAAAUUAGUCUUUUGUAAUAUCAAGCAGGACCCUUAAGAUGAAGCUGAGCUUUUUGAUGCCAGGUGCAAUCUACUGGAAAUGUAGCAUUUACAUGAGAUAUUUGUUUCCCCUGCAAUUUUAAUAUUGAACGGAUCAGGAAUACCAAAUAAAUUUCCCAAUUAAAGAUUAUUGUGACUUCACUGUAUAUACACAGAUUUUUAUACUUUAUUGAAAGAGGACGCCUGUACAUUCUUCCAUCAUCACUGUAAAGACAAAUAAAUGAUUCUAUUCACA